GGAGCAGUUUGUUUACCGUGCCAAAACAAAUCAGCCGACAACAAGAUAGAGAGAAAAAAAACCUUCACAUCACAACAAACAACGGAGCGGUUUUAGCUUAAUUUAGUUCAAAAAAUGUUUUCCGUUUAGCCGUAUUUAGUCAAUCCAUAGAAUGAACUAGCUCUCGUACAUAAAGCCGGUAGCGUAAAGCAGUAGCCAUUGGACCUUGUUUGGUGGGUCUGUUCUCUGUCUGAUUAUCAAACCAACGAGUGUGAGAACAAACGUCAGAGGUUUGUGCCGAUGAAAAUCCCCUCGACAGCAUGCGCAGCGCCAAGUUACAAGCGGCUUUGGUGAAACGCCGGGAAGCGGAACAAAUAAAGUACCAAAAAUCGGCCGCCGUCGAGCGGUACUACGACCAGUGGGGACGCAUAACGAGUCGCUACGAAUCGUGGACCACACCGCAAUACUACCGGGAAGCGGAACAAGCGCUCCGGAAGCGUGAGGAUGAGAAGAAAAAGCAGGAAGCGCUCGAAUCCAAGCGGACCCGCCUGAAGGAGCUGUUGAAGAAGGAAAAUGAGCAGUUGCAAAAGGAGAUGGAAAAUGUAUCCCGACCGAAACCGAAAGCCGUUUCGACGGAAAUCUUGGAAGGCAUCCGGUCGCGGCUGCACAGCGCCGAGGAGGUAAAAAAGCGCAUCGAUCUCGAGGCCAAUCUCUACAGCAAAUGGCGCCUCGGCUUUGAUAAGGACGCGGUCAUCAUGGACUCCAAAACGAGCCACCAGGCGAUGGCAAAGCUGAACUGGAUCGAUCGGCAGGUAGAACUGCAGCUGCAGGACGAAAAGGAGCGCCGCGAGCAGCAGGAGCGUGAGCUGAAGCUGUGCGAAGAAGUUCGCCGGCGGGAGGAACUUCUGCUGGAAAAGAACCGGAUGCGGGAGCAAGAGCUGAAGGAGCUUCGCAGCAUGCAGGAAGUGCACAUGGCGGAGCUAAAGUCCCGCGAACAGGAAGCGAACGACCUGAAGAUGUACGAGGUGCGCUUGAAAACGAAAAAGGACGAGAUGGCAACGGAGCUAGAGCAACUGCGCGUGUACAACGAUCUGCGGCGCGAUCGUGUAGUGGCGAUGCAUAACCUGAGGCGCAUAAAGAUGUUGCUCCGCGAACGUUCGGAAGCGGUCCGCAAUGAUCUGCGGCACGACAUACAGCUGUUGCAGCGGAUUAGCAUAGACAAUCCGGCCGCUUCCGACAGUGCCGAAGGAAUCGAGUAUCUGCGGCGAAAGUUCCAGCUCCAGUACGACCUGGAGGUUGAGCAGCAGACGGCGAUCGAGAAUAUGUACGAGUCGGAAGCAAAGCACAGUCUGGCGAAGUGUGAAGACAAGUGGAACAGUGAGGCGAUCAUUCGGGAGCAACAGUUGCGCUGCCUGCUCGAGGAUCGGCUGAUGGACUUUGAAACGAAGCUGGUCGAGUGUACGCAACGGCAGCGGGAACUGAUCGAGGUGCGGGAGCAGCACAUUAAAGCUAUCGAAGGGGCCAACCAAAGGCUGAAGGAGCUGAUGUCGGACAAAUCGCGCGACGAGUUCGUCACCUCGUCGAACAAUAGCCAGCUGCGUGAUCUUCAGGUGCGAGAUGGAAGCGUGAAGCAGGGCCCGCGCCGCCCGUCAACACAGAACUCCCAGCGGAGCAGCACUUUUAGCAGCAUUUUCCCAUUCGACGAGCACUGUGAGGACGGGUUCAAGCUGACGGACGAACAUCGAUCCUACGCCGGAAGACGCAAUGAAACGCCGACGAACGGUUCCGAGGGACUGAGCGCUCCACGGUUUGGGAAGAAGAAAGUAGCCUGGUGCUAGAAGCGAAGAAGCACAUUUCCGUCCGUCCGUCCGACUAGUAGUUUAAGGGCAGUUUUAAAAUCUGCAGCAGUAGGAAAUAAUAUGUUUUUUUAGCAUUUUUAUAGGAUUAAGUUGUGGCGUGCUUUGGAAAUGUAUUUUUAUAAUGAACCA